GUGCACCAGAGUGUCAGGCAAGGCUGCUGCCUGCACACAUAAACACACUCACAUUCACACACACACACACACACAGAAACAGACAGACCCCACAGCCCGGCUGCACCAGAAGAAGUUCAGAGAGAAGACUGACCUCAGAAAGGUGGGUUGGCAGAAGUUUUGUCUGUGGAUUCACCCAAACAUUAUGGCUUUCCUCAAACUGAGCCUUCUUGUCCUGUAGAGGAGUUGUGUGUUUCCCCUCCAGAAAAACUUGUCUCGUGCUCACAGCCUGAAGGAGGAUGGAGAAGCUGUCAGGGAAAGACAAAGAACUGAUACGAGGCAGCUGGGAGAGCCUAGGCAAGAACAAAGUUCCCCACGGUGUCAUCAUGUUUUCCAGACUGUUUGAGCUGGACCCUGCGCUCCUCAGUCUUUUCCACUACAGUACAAACUGUGGUUCCACACAAGACUGCCUCUCCAGCCCUGAGUUCCUGGACCAUGUCACCAAGGUGAUGCUUGUGAUCGAUGCAGCAGUCAGCCACCUGGACGACCUUCACUCCUUGGAGGACUUUCUGCUCAACCUCGGGAGGAAGCAUCAGGCAGUGGGAGUCAACACACAGUCAUUUGCUGUGGUGGGUGAGUCCCUUCUCUACAUGCUGCAGUGCAGUCUGGGCCAGGCCUACACAGCAGCGCUGCGUCAAGCCUGGCUCAACAUGUACAGCAUCGUGGUAGCAGCUAUGAGCCGAGGGUGGGCCAAGAAUGGCGAGGACAAGGCCGACUGAGGCGCACAGCGGGAGCUGCUGAGCAGUUGCUGUCAAAUCAUCAACAUGGUUGCCAUGGAAUAAGGUGGUGUAACUUGCAGCAUUGUGGCUUUAGCUGCUGUACAUUUGCUCUGUGAGUGGGGUCGCACAUAGCGUAGCGAAUGUAUGGUAUAGUUAAACUUUUCAAUUUGACCGUCCAAUCGCAGAGUUUAUUUUCUUUGCUGUGGAUGUUUAGCUACCAGGCAAUGCUGCUGUUAAGCCGUGAGAAUCUGAGCCAGCCUGCUUUGGCUCUACUAAGUCUGGACCCAUAAUCUGAACGCCUCAAACUGACAAAAAGCAUUAAGGAUAACUGUUGAGUCUCUUUGUAUAUAAUGGCUUUGAUAUAUCUAUUCAAAUGAUUACAGUGACUGUAGUGGUCUUUGUGAUGUAUCUUAAAAGAGUUGCACACUUGUGAAACAAUGCAUAUUAUAUUUAGUCAUCACACACUACUCAAACUGUGAUGGUUACUGUGGCCAGCAGGGCAGCUCUCUAACUAACUGGAACACAGUGACACUCAACAAAACUUGUGAGACAAUGCAAUGUCAUUUUACAGAAGAAAAUCUAAUCACUUUACUCUUAUUCAUUACUGUGUGUUUUUUAAAUUGAUAUUACACAUUACACUUUUUGUGAGUGACUUUGUUAUCUAACUUUUAAGCUACUGAAGAUAAGCAAAGCAGAUUUCUAAAAUUAUAUUCAAUAGAUACUGACAAGAACUGUUAUACUCUCUGAUAGCUUUCUUCAGCGAUCUAUGACUGUUAAGGCGUCCACGUGCACCUUACUCAACAUGGUGUGUGAUGCUCUCCUCAGUCGAGGUUGUGAGUAUUUCAGUAGGCGUCUGAUGACUGUUAAACUCUAACUCAUAGACUGUUAUGUGACCUUUAGUGUUUGAAAAUGAAUGGCAUCUUGGAGGAAUUCUGACAUCUGUGUUCCUUGGCUAUCAAAUUCCAGUUAUUGUUAGUGUGAAGUAGUUUGGUUGUAUCAUAGUUGCUUAUCUUAGUAAUGCUUAUUACCUGCAUUGUUGCGACUACUAAUGUAGUUUUCCCUUGGCUUUAGAGCUGAAAAUAACCAGAGUGGCUUGUGUUUCUCCAACACAGAGCAUCUAUGUGGAACUGAAGCUGGAAAUGAAUAUUUAUAUAGACUUAAUGACACAAAUUCAACAAUAACUGAUGACAAUUUUCCUUUUAAUUUAUCAACCCAAAACAAAUAAUACAGAGAUACUGUGUGCUGACAUUGUCCAAUAUGUAUGUAUUAUUAUUGCUGCCAUAACACUGUAUGUAUCAUCAUUGGUUGUUAUUUACAUUCAUGGCCAGAAUGCCACGUAACUUAGCAACAGUGCGCCAAGUAUUAGAUAAUAACACCAUACAACUGUAAAUCCAAGCUGCUGAUAUGUGGUUAUUAUCGCUUUAGUCUGAGUUUAUAUUUAAAAAUUUUAUUUUUAUAUUCUCUGAAUAGUAUGUGCAGUGAAAGAGCAUUGACUUUUUUUCAUGUCAUGAACAGAACAUCCUUGAGAUGUCGUGUGUGGAUUCCACUUCAUGAACCCCAAUACGAGAAAACAAAUUGGCAACUUAUAAUCAGGUUUCGUUUAAUCAAGAAAUGUGAAAAAUUAUAACUUUUUAAUGUUCAAUUCCUACAGAAAAGUUAAAAAAAAAAAAAAAACAGGGUUGUUUUGAGCUGUUUUAUCCCUACAUAGUCUGUACUUUCCAGCCCACAGGUGUGAUGUUUGUUAACUGACUGUGUAGGUGGUGUAUUUAUAGUGGUUCUUUUUUUAGUAUGUUUGCCGCCCUAUGCAGGUUGUUCAACAUGUUUCUGUUUUGAAUUACCUGGCAGUAAGUAAUUUUAGCUGGCAUGACUGACCACUGGAGUGUUAUCUUUUUAACAUCCAGAUGUGUAUAUACAGUAUAUUGGGUGUGUCACUGUCUACCUCAUCAUUAUCGGCUGCUACUGAACAGCGAUGACUUCACCUAGUUAUCCUUCAACCAAAAAACGCACAUUAUUAUUCGAGUUAAUAAGAGCACGCACUCUUUGUAAGCUGGAUUCCAUCCUACACUUUAAAGAAAAAAAACAUGUUAUGUGCUUACUGGAGCCUAAAUAAAGUGAUCUGUGGAUAUUUUACUGCUGAA